AUGGAAGCGGGGACGUCACUGAGGUACUUCAGUGGCGACGACUGUGACCACAGGGAGUACCGACGAUGGAAGCAAUGGGCCUUGAACAAGAUGAGAACGAUGGACAAGCUCCCCGAGGAAGCGCGAGGCUCAUUCAUUUGGACCUUGCUAUCCGGCAAGGCGCUGGAGGUGGUCGAGCAUCUCAAAGAGACGGACUACCAGGUCAAAGGGGGCGAAGCUGCCAUCUUCAAUCUGCUCGACCGGCGAUGGCCGGAACUGGAUAGAACCGAUGAGAUCGGCGAGAACAUUGCCGAGGUUUUCGCCUUGAAGGCCAAAGAAGGCGAGUCGGUUCGUGUCUGGUGCGCAAGGGCCCGAGAAUGCUUUGACAAGUGCGCCAGGAAAACUGGCGUCAAGUUCCCAGAUGAGGCCCGUGGCUGGAUUCUGUUGAACUGCAGCGGCAUGUCGGAGGAGCAUCGUGCAGUAUGCCUGGCUAGAGCUCAAGGUGAUCUAAAGUUUGACCAGCUGGCUCAGGCAAUGAGAUCGUGUUUUCCCGACUACGUCGUGCCCAAGAAGAAGGCAUAUGGCGCUCAUGCCAUUGAGGAAGCACCACAUGGACCUGCCGAUGAUGACGGCUUCCAAGAUGUGGAGCUCUUUCUGGCUGAACAUGGCUAUGAGGAGGCCUUCCAUUCCCAGGACGACAGUCAUGACCUGGAGGGCAUUGACGAGGACGAUGCCGCAGAGAUCCUCGCCGCGACUUGGCGGGAGAAGAGGGCAGAGUUGAACAUGGUUCAAAAGGGGCGCAAGUUUAGCGCUCCCGAUGGCCGAAGGGGACAGUUCGCCGGCAAGGACACAAAGCGCUCCUUCCGCAUCCAGGUGGAGGAACUCAAACAGCGAACUCGUUGCCGCAAGUGCGGCAAGAUUGGCCAUUGGCAACGGGAAUGCAAGUCCACCGGAGCAUCAACAUCUGGUGCUUCAUCGCACGCGAGCCAUGCUGCUGGAGCCGUGCAGGUGGUUGAUCAAGAGGAUACAGAGCAUUUUAUUUGUACAGCAGCUACGUGUGGUGACAUUGAAGUGUUGUUGAUCAGCAGUCCGGGGUAUGCUAUCCUGGACAGUGGUUGCGGCAAGACGAUCAUUGGCCGGUCCACCUAUGAGGCUUUCUGUCAGAUCUGGAAGAGUCAUGGCAUUCCAUGCCCAUCGGAACGGGCAGAGAAGAACAGGUUCAGGUUUGGCAACGGGCAACAAGAGACCAGCACCGCAGCAGUGGACAUGCCUGUCUAUCUGGCCGGCAGGCCCGGCUACAUCAGAGCUGCCAUUGUGAAGGGGGCUGCACCCCUCCUGCUGUCACGACCGGCGAUGCAGAAGCUUGGUGCUCAGAUCGAUUUUGCCACCGAUCAGCUGUCCUUGUUUUCUGGAAAGGUGAGCAUUCCGAUGGAGAUCAAUCCAGCUGGACAGUAUUCGAUCCGCGUCACUGAUUUUCCAGAUGACGCCUCGAGCAAGUUUCCUGAGCCCAUGCCGGCAUCCGAGCCGCCGGAAUCCCCAUGUGGAGACCUCAUCCGCAAAGCAACCCGAUUGCUGGUGUCUCAUGCUGAGAUGAGAGCUUUGGCCAAGCAAUGUAUGCCGCAAGAGAUCGUGUGCGAUCCACAUAGAGCUAAUCUGGCAGAUGCAUUUGCAUCUAUCUUGGAGCAGGGUGGCGCCACAUUUAAGUUGAUAGCGGCAGACGCCCACUGGCAAUUAGGAAAAGUCGAGGUGCACGGAGGUUGGUUCGCACGGGUUCUCGAAAAAGUCCUCACCGAGCAUGUCCCAGCUAAUCAAGAUCAGUGGAUCGACUGCGUCAACGCCGCCCACUGCAAGAACCAGUUAAUCCAAGUGUACGGGAUGACACCAUCCCAAUUUGUGUUCGGCAAGAAUCCUCGGAUUCCAGAGAACCUGCUCGAUGAGCCUCUCGAUAUCGUGCCUGCAACCUCGUCCUUGUACGAAGAGGCAUUGGCAAGGCAAGUGGCCAUCCGACAGUCUGCUCGGAAAGCCGUGUUGGACUUGCAGGAUAGCAAAUCACUUCGAUUGGCACUUGUUAGUGUUGAAGAUAAGGCCACAGACUAUCAACCAGAGCCGUAUGCCAGAGGUGAUCAACCACCCGGUAAGAAAUCCAGUCAAGACAUCGAUGUAGAUGAGCUGUGCGUGCAAGAGGUAGAUGCUGCCUUCGCCAAUGCUAAGGCCGGUGCCACUCAGGCCGAAGAGUGCCUUCGACUCAUUCGGAAGGCUCGAAAGCACGGUGCCUUUGACACCAUCAUGCGCCGGGUUCGCGACCUUGAAGAUGUGGAGUUGGAUGAGGCUUGGCUCGGAUCACCAUCCGGGUCCAUGACGGACGGCAGCAAGAGGCUUCGAGAGGAUUCGUCAGCGAACCAAGUCGGAAUGUAUGUGAAGCAGACCACGCCAUACUGUGCAGGCCAGCUUGUUCCGGCGCCACCCAUGCCAUCAUCCUCAGAGAAGCCGACUCCUCUGCCAGGUACAGAAGGCCUACCACCAGGGGUGGCCGAUGUGACACAAUGGGGCAAGACGCUGGUAGCAUUCGGACGCUACAAAGGCAUCAAGUCGUACAGCGAGAUGUACGAAGCCACGGACUCAGAGAUCUCUGGGUAUCGAGCAUAUUGCCAUUCCCAUUACCAAUCCGGGUCACCGGGCCUUCGUGAUUUGGUUGAGUAUUUUCGCGCUCGUGGCGACGGAUCGGUGGCCAGCCAGAGCGUGAUUCCGGGUUCGAAGAUCACUCGGACGUACAAAAAUAUUUAA